UAUUGAGUUUGACAAGACUGAAGACACACGACAAUACAAUUAUACACAACGAUGUUACAUGUAUUCAAACUUCAAAUCAUAUGAAACUCAAGUAACUAGUAAGACGGCAAUUUAGAAUGAAGCGUGUUUCUAUCUGAGAUAGGUAGGUAGUCAAUCGAGUUAACCAGUAAAGUCACUGGCCGCCUGAGCGAAUGGGGCUGCUUGUUUUUGUUUCAUCUGUAGAAAAAAAGGUCUGCCUAAAACAAGAAAAAUAUUCAUAUUCGAAAUGCAGAGUAUGGAGUUUGUGAAAGAGAACAAGCCGGCACAACUACCGCUGUCCAUAUGGUGGGUGGCGGCGGGGCUGGCGGCCAACGCCGCGCUUCUGGCGGGCGUGGCGCUACUGGACGCCGCGCUGCCCGAGCCGCUGGGGCCCGGCGCGCCGCCUGAGCGCUUCCACGGGCUCACCGCGCACCAGCAUCUCACCAACCUCACCGCAAUCGGCCCUAGGGUGGCAGGCAGCUACGAGAACGAAGUGUUGGCGGUGGGCGUGCUGGUGGCGGCCGUGAAGGACAUCGCGGCGCACGCCUCGCCGCACAACCAGCUCGAGCUGGACGUGCACACCGCCAGCGGAGCAUUCGCGCUUUCCUUCAUGGACGGUAUGAACAACGUGUACCGCGACGUGCAGAACGUGGUGGUGCGCGUGCGCGGCGUGGGCGGCCGCGCCACGGGACGCUCCGCCCUGCUCCUCAACUGCCAUUUUGACACUGUGCCUGACAGCCCUGGCGCCAGCGACGACGGCGCGGGCUGCGCCGUGCUGCUGGGCGUGCUGCGCGCGCUGGCGGCGGCGCGGCGGCCGCUGCGCCACGACGCCGUGUUCCUGUUCAACGGCGCCGAGGAGAACAUCCUGCAGGCCUCGCACGCCUUCAUCACGCAGCACAAGUGGGCGCGGGACGUGCGCGCCUUCAUCAACAUCGAGGCCUGCGGCGCCGGCGGCCGCGAGGUCCUGUUCCAGGCGGGCCCGCACGACCCCUGGAUCGUUGAGAUGUACGCGAGUGUAGUGCCGCACCCGUACGCGUCGUCGCUGGCGCAGGAAUUGUUUGAGAGUGGACUCAUUCCCGCCGACACUGACUUCCGUAUUUUCCGCGAUUUCGGCAACCUGUCGGGUGAGUACAGGCAGCCGUGA